AUGCUUUACCAAUAUCUUAUGGCGGCACAUGCCGCUUUAAUGGUCUUUAAUGUGGCUGCGGUACCAGUUGACCUGGACGCCGACGCAAUUACAAGGUCCGCGAGCUUGGACCUUCGUCAAACAAGUUGCGGCGAAGAACAGCUCUCCAAUGAAACAUGGAUCAAGAACGAUAUAGAUGCCUUCCUGGCAAAUGCAUCGCAACACUAUACGCAGUAUCCCACCAACAAUGUCCAAGCUUUGGCCGCUUACCUGGGAGCCCCAAACUUCUACUGCGGUGUCAAUGAAUGGUGCAACGCGGGCCAGCCGUGUACACCCGUCGGUCUUCCUGGUUGGUAUGUCUUAAUGGGCAUGCAGUCUUGGAAUAACUACAUCAACAACCUCAAUCUCGCUGUCACGUACUCGGCAACCAUUAUUGGUCUGAAAUUGCCAAAGCUAGUUGACGACCUCUGGCCGAAAAAGAGGGAUGGUGUCACGCCCUUGAAGAUGAUUUUAGCUUGGGUGAAUGGUCUUCUCAAUGCGUUCCCGACAACGGCAGUUUUUGGAGCCACUGCAGGAGGAGUUGCCUCCGCAGUCCAAGGUAAUAACAUCAUUGCCAGUGGUAUGAUGAUACCGCCGGGCGCGGACGGUCAAUACGUCAGAUGGAGCGACCUUGCAAACCAAAUGGGGUCCAAAAUUGACGAGUACAAACGGGCCAUCGGGGCCUACGCACAGAAGAUCAUCGAUGCUCCCAUAAACGAAACGCAAUGGGGAAUCAACAAGGCAUUGCAGGGUGGCGCAUUCCUUACCCGCGACAGGAACGUUACACAAGACGACUUCGACAACUGGAUGUACCGAACCAUUAGUGUCAACGCUAUGGGCUUGCUCAUGCAGGCUCAGAAUGUAUAUAUCAUUCGGACAUUUAACAAGACCGAUUGCGAUGACAGCGAUCCCGCUUUUCUCUGUCGGCUCGAGCCUAACAACAAGUGGACGGAAUGGCGCUUCCAGAGAAAGGGGAGCGAGGACAACGUGCCCGAAAACAGAUUGGCGAAAAAGUUGGUGGAGACGUAUGGCCUCACUAAGGAGCAGAUUCUUAAAGGGCCAACGGACUGCUUUGACUCGCACGACUAUGAGCAGCUAACCAACCCAUGGGAGACUGUGUCAGCAAAAGGCAUCUCGCCAAAGGACCCGAUCGAGUUAUGCAACUUUAACGUCAAUAUCUGUAACAUGGACGUGGCAGAAGGUGAUGAAUAUGGGCCUAGCGGUUGGUAUGGGCCUGACUUUUCGGAUUGGAUGUGUGAGUUACAGGGGCUCACUUGGACGAAAUGA